CUCCUAGGAUUUUCGUUUCCUUCGAGUACUAAAUUUACUUACUAGUAGAACGUUUGCCUUGCUCAAGCGGGCUGAAGCACAGAACCGCCGUCAAUGGAGGACAAGAAGGAAGCUGAACUCCUCAUCCUACCACCACCACCAACCUCUCAAAACCCUAAUUCGAACCCCAAUCACUCCCAACAACCACAAUCACAACCACCACCACCGCAGUCUCGGCCGCGGCCGAAGCGGUUCGUGAAGAACCAAAUCCCGGACUCCAUCACCGCCAACGCCGCUCUCAACGCCGCCAUCGCCCUCCUACCUUCCAACUACAACUUCGAGGUCCACAAGUGCGUAUGGCGCGUGCUCUCCACCAACGCCAAGCGCGUCGCCCUCCAGUUCCCCGAGGGCCUCCUCAUGUACUCCCUCGUCCUCUCCGACAUCUUCACCGCCUUCGCCGCCGUUGACCGCUGCUUUAUCCUCGGCGAUGUCACCUACGGCGCCUGUUGCGUCGACGACCUUUCCGCCGCCGCCCUCGGCGCGGAUCUCCUCAUUCAUUAUGGUCACAGCUGUCUCGUCCCGAUCGACUCUACUGUAAUCCCCUGUCUCUACGUCUUCGUCGACAUCAAGAUCGAUGUUCACCGACUUAUCAACACCAUUAAUCUGAAUUUCGAUUCCUCACUCAUCAAACAGCUCAUUCUGGCAGGGACGAUUCAGUUCGCAACGGCAAUUCGGGAAGCGAAACCUGAAUUGGAGAAUUCAGGGUUUAGGGUUUUGGUGCCUCAGUCGAAGCCGUUGUCGGCCGGGGAGGUUCUGGGUUGCACUGCGCCCACGAUUCCGAGAAGUUCUAUCAAUGAUGAUGACGAAGUUGUUCUUGUUUUUGUGGCAGAUGGGAGGUUCCAUUUGGAAGCUUUCAUGAUUGCAAACCCUAAAAUUAAGGCUUUUCGAUAUGACCCAUAUCUGGCAAAGUUGUUCUUAGAAGAGUAUGAUCAUAAGGGUAUGAAGGAAACUAGAAAAAAUGCAAUUUUGAAGGCAAGGGAAGCGAAGAAUUGGGCAAUUGUGCUGGGGACUUUGGGGAGGCAAGGGAAUCCGAGGAUUCUCGAUAGGUUGGAGAAGAAGAUGACAGAGAAGGGUUUGGAUUGGACUGUUGUGUUAAUGUCGGAGCUAUCUCCGGCUAGGGUUGCUCUAUUCGGGGACUCUGUCGAUGCUUGGAUUCAGAUAGCUUGUCCCCGGCUCUCAAUUGAUUGGGGUGAUGCAUUUGAGAAGCCACUUUUGACCCCUUUCGAAGCUGAGAUUGCUCUUGGUGAUAUGCUAGGUUGGUGGGAGAAAGUGAACUUGAAUUCAGAUUGCAAGGAUGGUUUGAUUUGUGCAAAAAAUGAAUCGUGUUGUGAGUGUAGCAAUGGCAGUGCAACAGAUAAGGAAGAGAGUAUUGUUGAUUAUCCUAUGGACUAUUAUGCUCAGGAUGGGGGAGAAUGGAAUUCUUGUUACUCGAAGAAGCCAUCACGGCCUCCACGGAGAAAUCUUCAAUAUCGUAAUGAUAAUGCUGCAGUUACCUAAGAUGAACAAGAGGCUGCAAUGAAUUCCUAGGAUGUGAUCACUGACUAUAUUCCAUGAAGGGUACUCAAACCUCAUAGUCCAAGGAAUGCACACCAUUGAAAAUUUGAAGGCUCGUUGGAGACUUGAUGACUAAAUUGUGUCCCCCAAAAGGUUCUUCUUGAAAGAAGAAGGCAGAUAGAAGUGGAAAUUUAAGUUGGUUCACGUAUACAGAUGCAAUGCAAAACCCACAAUAAAGAAACAGGGCUGUUCCAGAAGAGUAUACAAAGCGCAGAGAUGAUGUUCUACUCCGUCACUUUAAACUUAUUAAUAAUAAAUGGUGAUUACCAAACUGAAGAUGAAGUGUGUACAGAUAGUGUAAAUCAAAAUGCAUUUAAUCCACCAAAGAAUGGAUCACAUCUGAUUGUAACUAAAAAAUAACUUUCCAGUACACGGUUCGAUAAACAUUCUUAAAAAUAAACAGCCAUCCUUCAAUUGACUCAUCGUUGUCUCCUGAUUCUUGGCAAGCCA